AGCGCGCCAGAGCGGCCGCCAAGCCGCCGACAUCACAGGCUCGCGUCACACCGUACGUCAUCGCCAAGCCCCCACAGGCGGGAGGUGGGUCCGCGCGUGAUUGCCUGGCUGUAGGACGCAGGGCUGAGUUACUGGUGUGUGUGUGUGUGAACUGGAAACUUUGGACCUUUUGAAGGAACUCAGAAGCUGCCUCCGCCCAUCCAGCAUGCUUCUCCCUGUGGUGGAGAUUCCUGAGGGGAGUUGGAACAGGUCCCAGCGUAGACAGCCAUAUGGAUGCUCCUGAAAGCAGACCACAGACUGUUGAGUCAAUCUGGUCCGCCUCCAGCCUGUUUCUUCCUGGACUUCUCAGCGGUGCAAGAUACUUUUGGAAGUGAACCUGCCCAGAAGGGAAGUUACAUUUUCAUAUUGAUUAAAGAGUGAACAAGAGGCAGAAACCACCUGGCUUGACCACACCUGGCAUUACUGGGCUGGGGACACCAGCUGGGGACAGAGAAGUGCUUCUAGCAGGAAUACGAGAUGAAGAGGGUGAAGCCAUCUGGAGAGUAAAUGGCCAACACCACUCCCCCAGAGACAAAGUCAGCAGCGUGGUGGAACUACUUUUUCCUGUACGAUGGUUCCAAGGUACAGGGAGAAGGAGACCCAACCAGAGCCGGCAUCUGCUACUUCUAUCCCUCCCAGACCCUGUUAGACCAGCAGGAGCUGCUCUGUGGCCAGCUUGCUGGAGUUGUGCGCUGCUUGUGGGACCUUUCCGGCACCCCGCCUAUGCUCAUCCGUCUGCGGAACCUCAAGUUUGCCCUCAGGGUGGAUGGGGACUACCUGUGGGCUCUGGGUUGUGGUGUGGAGCUCUCCGAUGCCAGCUGCAGGCAGUUUCUGGAUCAGCUCAUUGGAUUUUUUCAUUUCUACAUGGGGCCUGUCUCCCUGGCCUACAAGAGCCAUCCUCAGGAAGAGCUGAGGUUGCAGUGGGAUACCUUCAUCACACAAGUCCUCAGGAGCACCAGCGAGUCGCACAGGAUCUUCAAUGCCCUGUGGAACCUGGACCGCACCAAAGUGGAGCCCCUGCUGCUGCUGAAGGCAGCCCUCAUCUUACAGACCUGCCAGCGCUCACCCCAUGUGCUAGCUGGCUGCAUCCUCUAUGAAGGACUGAUUGUGAAUUCCCAGCUGCCACCUUCCCUCACUGCCAAGGUCCUGCUUCAUCACACUGUAGCUGCAGACCAGAGGCCGCCUGGAGCAGGAGCUGCCACACAGGAAACAGGACCAGCAUUACCCCCUGCCGUGCAGAUCACCCCUGUUUUCCUGAGUGAGGAGGAGGUGGCCAGCCUCCAUGAGUUCCCAGUAGAGCAUGACCCUCGACUGGAGGAAAGUUCAUUUCAGUGCCCUCCCUGGGAUCAAAGCACCCCUACUGGGGCGGAAGAUGCCUGGACAUCAGCCACCGUCCUGGAGCCCACACCAUGUGGUGGAGGACACUCACCUAGGCUUGAGCAGGAGCGUGCUGGGCCCACAGGACUGUGCACCGAGGCCUGUGACCGGAGCUCUGAUCUCAGUGGCAGGCUGCAGAGGGAACUGUGUCUCUCCCAAGAACUGGACUUGUCUGCAAUGCACCUUUCUGAGGCUCAGGACGCAUUCCCGCCUGUGCCUGCCUCGUGUGAUCUGCAGGCUCUCUGCGUCAGCCGGGACACCCCCACACUACCUGAAGACACAGCCAUUUGCAGCUGCCUGGACCCUUCCCCUCUUGAGAGGCCACCCGAGGGCGGAAGCCUGGAGGCGCUUGCAGACCUUCCCCUCACCCAUGGCCACACCCACGUUCCUGGCACAGAACCUCUCCCCAGCAGCAGAACUAUGGUACUUCUUCCCCAACAUCCUGAGGGUGUAGAGCCCGGUGUGGAGCCCUGUGGGAGUGGAGCUCAGGACAGACUCCCAGCCCUGGCACGCAGUUCCCACUCGGCUGACUCUCAGGGCCCUAGCCCCUCUGCAGACAGAACUGGCUUCAAUCCAUCCCCAUCUGGGCCCCAUGCAGGGCUCAUGCCCAUGAACCUCUACACUCACAGUGUGAACGGACUAGUGCUGUCCUUGCUGGCCAAAGAGACUCUUGGCAGUGAUACUGCAGCCAUUGAGGAGGUGUACCACAGCAGCCUGGCAUCACUGAAUGGGCUGGAAGUCCAUCUGAAGGAGACACUGCCCAGAGAUGAGACUAGCCCCACAGGUAGCACAUACAACUUCCUGCAUUAUGACCGCAUCCAGAGCGUACUCUCAGUGAGAACUCACCCGCGGUAAGGAGAGCCCAGUGAGGAGCUGGUGUGGCUUGCAGUGGGGCUAGCAGUGCUUUCUCCCAAGGUAGCGGUAGGGCGGUAAUAUGGACUGAGGGCCCACACUCAAGCUCCAGCCUCACCGCCCCACCCCCUCCACUCAGGACUGGGCACAAGGAGUCAGGCAGGGCUGCCAUUCACCACCUCUGUCUCCUCCUGAAGCCAACCUGCCCCUGGUGGCUGCUCCCCAGAACCGCCGGUUUCUGCAGGCUGUCAACCUCAUGCACUCCGACUUUGCCCAGCUGCCUAUGCUGUAUGAGAUGACCAUCAGGUGAGCCUCUGAACCCCUCUUCUAGCAGCCCCUCACAGUUCCACUCACUGGGGUACUUCCCAGGCCUGGCUGGUCCCUUUAGAGGCCAUUCUUCCAUGCUUGUCUGGGUCAGAUUACGAUAAUGGCAGUGCCCUAAGUCCUCACCAUCACAGAGGGCAGGGCCGCACCAUUCCUGAGGGUGGGCCAGACAACACUACGGGGUUCUAAUUACAAACAAAGCUCACUGUGCAGACACUUCAGAAUCAGACAUUUCUCCACUGCCCAUCACCCACAGAGCCCACCUGUGGCACCAUUCGGAGGCACUGCUGUCUCGGUUUCCACUAUCUGUGACUGACACCGACAACAUGGGCUCCAUUUCCUUCCUGUUGUCAUGCUACCUAAUCUUCAGGUGUCUGUCACCAUCUGUGGAUUAUUUCUGAAGCCAGAUGUUAAAACAAGCUGUCCUUUCUCUCCAUGCUUUCUGAAGCUAGCAGAAAGUCUAGAUGGCUGGAGGGAGAACCUCCUCUGCCUCUGUUGGCCUGUGGCUCUCGGAACUGGCCACGAAAGGACUCUUCACUCAUUCAGAGUGAGAAAUGUGAGCACGUGUGGGGACAGUGACAUCCCAGGUCACUCUCUCACAGAGCAGAAGGCCAGGGUCUGACCCCAGGCCUCCAUGGCUGUGCAGUGCGUGCUCUUUCCCCACAGGUCCCAGUAGCGGGGUGAGAACUGUGGAUCUGGGCUCAGUGGGGCACACAGAGCCUGCCACACGGAUGCCCGCCAGCUGUCUGGCCUGGAAUCAUCUGCUGCUGGUGACAGCUGGCAGCCUAAGUGUGACUUGCAUCUGAAGCCACUGCCCUGGGAUGUGGUGUGCUGAGUGUGGCUGUGGACAGGGAAUCGGCACCAACCGUAUGUUGACACCUGCCCCACGCCAGCUUCUUAGAGCCAAGAGGGUUCAGUGUGAGCUUGAGCCCAGGGCAGGUGUGUGCUGGGUGGCUUCUUACCACAGCAAUGCAGACACAGCUCCUUGGCACAUAGACCCCUGUGGGUUCUAGUAAAGCCAGGGGCUCCUUGCUUGCCAGCAGGAGGGCUGGCAUUGCCCCACAGGAGUGACUGGGGAGAGGGGGAUUCCCACCAGGCUCCACUCCCUUUGAGGCUCGAGAGGAAACUUCUAGAUGUCUCCGGGGGCUUAAAACCCCUCAUCCAACAGGAGACAGCUGAAGGACAGAGCCCUAGCAGCCCUGACCCCACUAUCAAUAGAAUUAGGGAAGCUGAGUCUUGGUGGGCUUGAGGCAGGAAGAGUAUAGAGGCCAGGGGGGACCAGGGGGAGGUUGACAGGUGAGGAUCUCUUCUUGGAUCCUGUGCCCUGCCAGGGAAGGACUCAGCUGAGACACAGUUUAAGAUGAAGUUUACUUCACAAAGUGGAGAAGUUGGGGCAGUCUCUCCUGAAAGUGGGGGAGCAUCAUAGUGGAUGCUGAUUGUGGGGUUUUGUGUGUGUGUGUGUGUGUGUGUGUGUGUGUGUGUGUGUGUGUGUGUGUGUGUGAUGUGACACAAGUGUCUCUGUGUGUGCACAUGCAUCAAUGUGUGAUGUGUGUGCAUGUGUGUGUGUGCAUAUGUUUUUAUGAAGGUUAAAGGACAGCUUGCAGGAGUCGGGCCCCACUUCUAUCAUGAGGUUUCAGGGGUGGAGUUGAGGUUGUCAAGCUCCCUCUGGCCCCAUUUUGUGGAUUUGUAAAGGUGUUCUUAUGAACUUUAUGAGAUUGGUGUCAUACUCAUGGGGUAAGGUAACCCUUUUUUCUCCCCAAAUUUCCCCUUUAGGGUAUUUAUUUGCAGGUUUUAGGGAAAGAUCACAGGGGUGUGGGGGAUCAAAUCUGCAGUGCAAAUGGAUGUGGUGGAUGUUGACCCUUGGGCAGUGUGCAUGUGUGUGUGGGACACCUCUGUCCUAGUUUCUGAGCAGCAUGGCUUCAAGGACACGGUGCAGAUGAGCAGCAAGCUGUCAGGAGCUCCGCUACCAAUAUGCAGCUGGGGUUUCCUUGGUUACCCAACACCUACCCUCUGGAAUCCCUAUCACAGGUCCUCCUCUGUGCAGCGCUCCAUCCCUCUGUCAACCUGAGAGCCCAGGUUUCCUGCUUCCUGACAGGCUCCAGGCUCCUUGGCUGGUGGGUGGGACAGUCCCUCCUACUGUGAGGAGUGAAGGCCCAGAGCAGGGCUCUGGCUCUGCUGCAACCACCUCAGACCCAGAGCUGAAAAGACAAGAAGACAGUUGUUACCCAGGCUUGAAGGUCAAAGCAACAGUCGAGCUACAGCAGGCAUUAGUGGUGUUGGGGUGGCCAGCUAGGGCCCCCAGCCACCCCUGAGCCAUUGUCCUGUUUCCUCCCGAUAGGAAUGCCUCCACAGCUGUGUACGCCUGCAGCAACCCUGCCCAGGAGACCUACUUCCAGCAGCUGGCACCCACUGCCCGCAGCUCUGGUUUCCCGAACCCUCAGGAUUGUGCCUUCAGCCUCUCGGGCAAAGCCAAGCAGAAGCUGCUGAAGCAUGGGGUAAACCUGCUGUGAGCUGGGUGCAGCCGGUCUGCUGUCAGGGGGCCGUGUCCCCAGUGCUAACGGUCUGCUGUCAGGGGGCCAUGUCCCCAGUGCUAACGGUCUGCUGUCACGGGGCCGUGUCCCCAGUGCUAACGGUUGAGCAGGACCUUGCUCUUCAGUGGCAGCUGCAUGAAACUGAGUGGGCUCAGGCUCUGUCAUGUGCGAGUGACUGGAGUACAGUGCAGAGCAGGCUGCAGGCUCAGGAAGGCAGCUGCAGGAGUCUCAGCUGACUUUACUUGCGGUACCCAUGGUGCUUUGCAACCUUAUGGUGCUGAGUUCCAGGCUUAUGAAGCAGAUUCCCAAAGGUUCAAAAAUAAAAUGACCAAACUGA